AAUCUCCCAAAUGAAAGUAUCACCUUAAACAAACAAUUCUAAAUCAAUGUCUUCCAUUGUUGCAAAGCUGUUAUUAGAUUCAUUCAUUAGCAUUUGCCAAGCAUCUUCCGAGAAAUUUCUGGCUAUAAUUUGUACAAGUUCUCUCUCCUCUUCUCCUUGGCAGACUCACUUGUUAUCAUCUCACAGAAUUAGCCUUGCAAUUGAACUAAUUCGCUGCUAUUUCUAAUUUUCUUGGCCUGCCUGAUUUGGCUAUCAAUUAGGGUCCAUUUUCUACAAUUUCUUCAGUGAAACCUAGAGAUUCAUUUCAUUGGCAUUUUUCAGGCAUCUUCCAGGAAAUUUCUAGCUAUAAUUUGGACAAGUUCUCUCCUCUUCUACUUAGCCAACUACAAUUUUUAUCACCUAACAGAAUUGGCCUUGCAAUUGAAUUGAUUUGCUGCUACGUCUAAUUCUCUUGACCUAGCUGAUUUGGUUAUCAUUAUCCAUUUUCUGCAAUUUCUUUGGUGAAGCAUACAGAAAAGCUAUUGAUCCAAUGGAGGUCUUAUCUCUUGUCGGAGGUUCUCUUUUAUCUGCUACAUUUGACUUGUUAUUUGAAAGGUUGAAUGGAUAUCUAAGUGAUCAAUUACGAAAUUCAAAAGGGGAAGUAUAUGCCCAAAUGGAAUACUGGAAGACCUUAUUGCCCAAAAUUACUGCUAUACUUGAACAUGCAGAAGAGAAUCAAAAAAACCAAUCGGUUCGUGAAGUUAUGUCUUGAUGAUCUCAAGGACUUGGCUUAUAAUAUGGAAGAUAUACUUGAGGAGUUUGUGAUUGAUACCAAGAGGGCCAAAUUGAUUGCAAAAUCUAAAGCUAGCACUAACAAGGGACAGAAAGUCACCUCUUGUCUCAAGAAUAUAUUUAGAUUUAAGGCUAAGUCCAAUGAAGAGAUUAAUUGCAGGUUGAAGGAUAUAACUAGCAGAUUGCAGCAAAUUGAGAAGGACAUGCAUACUUUGGGCCCAAUCAAUUCGGCUAUAAGAGAUAAAAAAGAGUCUCAUCCAACUACAGAAAGACUACCUGAGUCUUCUCUUCUUGAAGAUAAGGUGAUAGGUCGAAAUAGUGAUAAAGAUGCUAUUCUUCAGAGGUUGCUAGAAGAUGGAGGUAGUCUUGAACAAGACUUUGUUAUUCCCAUUGUCGGAAUGGGUGGACUAGGCAAGACAACUCUUGCUCGACUCAUUUACAAUGAUGAAAAACUAAAAGGCAAGUUUGACUUAAAGGCAUGGGUUUGUGUUUCUGAUGAGUUUGAUGUUGCUCGAAUAACAAGAACCAUUUUUGAACAUGUAAAUGACGUUUGGAAUAAGGACUAUGGCCAAUGGGAUGUCUUGAAGAGACCUUUCAUGUCAGGAGCUCCUGGAAAUGUUGGUGAGAAGCUUGUUAAGAGGUGCAAAAGAUUGCCAUUAGCACUAAAAACACUUGGUGGCCUCUUGCGGGGAAAGCUGCGUUGUGAUGAAUGGGAAAAUGUAUUAAACAGUGACAUAUGGAAUUCAUCUGAAGAUAGAAGUAGAAUUCUUCCUACUCUGAGAUUGAGCUACAAUCAUCUUCCUUCUCACUUGAAGCGAUGCUUUGCUUAUUGUGCUUUGUUCCCUCAAGACUAUGAAUUUAAAGAAAAGGAGUUGGUUUUAUUAUGGAUGGCUGAGGGCUUAUUGCAGCAACAGUCACGUGGAAAGAAGCAAAUGGAAGAGGAGAUUGGCCAUCAAUAUUUCCAUGAAUUAUUGUCCAGAUCACUCUUGCAACAAUCAAGUACAAAUAAAUCACGGUUUGUGAUGCAUGACCUCAUAAAUGAUUUAGCUGUAGAUGUUGCUGGAGAAAUAUAUUGCAAUCUUGAACGUAGCAUGGGUGAUGAAAAAUUAGAGAAUGCUCAUCAUUUGUCAUUUACCAUACACUCUUAUGAAAUCUCAAAAAGAAUCUUGCAUGAUUUCCUACCAACAUUAAAUCGCUUAAGAGUGCUAUCUCUUUGCUACUAUCAGAUAAGCAAGCUACCAGAUUCUUUUGAAAAUUUGAAACAUAUGCGUAAGCUUAGUAAGUUGCCUAUGACAAUUGGGAAUCUAAUUGAUCUCCAUCAUCUUGAUAUAACUGAUACACCAUCUUUAAAAGAGUUGCCAUCAGGAAUAGGCAAACUUAAAAAUCUUAUAACACUGCCCAAAAUUAUGAUGGGGAAGGCAAGCGGAAUGAUGAGAUUAUCUGAUUUGAAGAACUUGUCACAACUUCAAGGAAGAUUGUCUAUUCAAGAUCUACAGAAUGUUUUGGAUGUUCAAGAUGUUAGGGAGGCCAACCUAGACAAGAUCCAUGGUUUGGAAAACUUAGUCUUGGAGUGGACUACUUCUUAUAAUAAUCGAGAUGAAUUAGUACUUGGAGUCCUCAGCUGCUUAAAACCUCAUUCAAAUUUAAAAAGUCUCAAAAUUUCACGCUAUGGUGGCGAGAAUUUCCCAAAAUGGGUUUGCGAUCCAUUAUUAUUUUUCAAUUUAUCAUCUAUGAAGCUCAGCCAUUGUAAGAGAUGCACUUUGUUACCAUCACUUGGCCUACUACCUAUUCUAAAAGAAUUGAUUAUUGAAGGCAUGAAUUCAAUAAAAGCUAUAAAUUCUGAGUUUUAUGGGCAACAUGGCUCUUUUCCAUCACUGGCUGAAUUGGUGUUUAGAAACAUGCCAAAGUGGAAGGAAUGGACUUCUCCAGUUGGAAAUGCAAGUAAAUUCCCUUGUCUUCAUAGGCUUGUGAUUGAAAAUUGUCCUAAGUUGUUAGGACAAUUACCCAGCAACCUUUCUUCACUUAAAAAGUUAGAUGUUAGAAGCUGCAAUGGGAAGCUUUUGAAGAGUAUUGGAGAUGUCCCCUCUCUUACUUAUUUGAGAAUUGAGCAAAUUUUAGAACUAACUUGCUUGCCUAUGAGCAUGAGUCUUCCAUCAUUGAAAGAGUUGUCUAUUAGAUACUGCAACGAGGUGCUUUUGAAGAGCAUGGUUGAUCUCACUUCCCUCACUAACUUGAGAAUUGAGCAAAUUUCAGAACUGACUUGCUUGCCUAUGAGCAUGAGUCUUCCAUCAUUGAAAGAGCUGUCUAUUAGAUAUUGCAACGAGGUGCUUUUGAAGAGCAUGGUUGAUCUCACCUCCCUCACUAACUUGAGAAUUGAGCAAAUUUCAGAAUUGACUUGCUUGCCUGAGAGUUUUACACAGUCCUGGACAGCACUUGAGACUUUGGAUAUUGCACAUUGCAAUGAUCUUACUUGUUUGUGGGAGGAAGGGACAGAAAUAGAACAAAGCCUCUUGCCUUUCAAUCCUAAACAUCUUAGCCUCAAGUAUUGUAGAGCCUUGGAGUCAUUACCCAAUGCAAUGAUGAUGAGGAUGGAUGGAAGCAGUAGCAGCAACACUAGUAUGUUGAUGUCAAGACUAGAAAGGUUGGAAAUUUGUGAUUGUGAUUCUCUCAAGUCAUUUCCAAGAGGCAAAUUACCCCACUCGCUUAAAUACUUGAUAAUAAAAAAUUGUGAAGGUCUUGAGUCUCUACCAGAUGUUGAUGGUGACUAUAAUAAUAGCGAUCUACAUUUGGAAAUACGUAAUCUUCCAUGUUUUUAUUCUUCUCAAGGUAGCUGUCAUCAGCUACCAGCUUUUCUCAAGGAAUUUGAAGUUACUAAUGGUGGUGAGUGGCUGAAAUCAUUUCCAGAGAAGAUGCUACAACAUUGUGUGAGACUCCAAUCCAUUUCUAUUUGGGAUUGUAAAAUAUUGAAAAGUUUACCCAAUCUUGAUUGUGUCAGCAAUCUCAUUCGAUUAUCUAUUUAUCACUGUGAAGUUUUAGAGUCCUUACCAAAAGAGUUAGGGUUAUGCACCCCCGAUCUUAAUUCGUUGGUGAUAGCAAGGUGUGAGAAUUUCAAAUCCCUCCCAAAUACAAUGUACCAGUUGAAAUCUCUUCAAAACCUAUGGAUAAUAGACUGCCCUAGCAUCAAGUUCAUUCCAGAUGGGGGUUUGCCGCCAAACUUAAAAUAUCUUCAAUUACAGAACUGUGAGAAUCUCAAGUGUGUGCCGAAUACAAUGUACCAACUUACAUCACUUGAGCAUCUAUCACUCCCAGGUGAAGCUUUGACGAUGGGACUCCAAAACCUUACGUCUCUUCAAUGGUUGGCAAUUAAGCAGAAAUUCCCUCUGGAUAUUGUGCUGCCUUCUUCUUUAACCUCUCUUUGGAUCCAGAAAGAAGAAAAUUUGGAAUCCAUACCUGGGGAGCUAUUCCAAAACCUAAGCUCCCUUCAUUUUUUACAUAUAGAUGACUGCCCGAAGCUACGAUCUUUGCCAAGGGAAGCCUUCCCUCCCUCGCUUGGACAACUAUCCAUCAACAAGUGUCCACAUCUAAAACGACAGCGCUUUGAGGCGAAAGGAGACUACUGGACUCUCACUUGGGGCAUCCCCUACAUUCAGAUAUAUUAAAAAGAGUACCUCAUUCAUUCCUUGGAUUCAUCAGAGAGCCUAGAUUACAAGUUCAAGCCUUCCUUUUUAAGCAAGAUCUUUCUUCAGAGAGCAGCUGCUAGAUGCUUUGACAUUAAUGUUGCCUUUCAUGUGGGAGAUGAUGCUUUCAGUAUGAUGAGUCAAAAAUGAGUAAUCCGACAAUGUAUACUGCAUUCUCUCUUUAUUCAUCCCAAGUCACAGCCAAUAUUGCAGCAAAAACACUGCUGUUUUACUUAACAAUGGGUUGACUUGCAAAGUAGCUUCAAGAUCUAACAAUUUGAUGAAAAAUGGUGGUGUUCACAAAUUUGUCAUAGUUGCAGGCUUGGAGCUAUAAUGUUCUACCCUCCAAAGAAUGCCCUCUCUGACAUGGAUUUUCUUUGAGUUUUUCUAGAUUCUUUUGUUGUAUGUAUCCAUCCAUCUAGUGUUGAGGAAACUCUUCAUGAACGCUUACAUGAAUUGCAUGGAGCUUGGACCUUGAAUGUAUCAUGUCAGUAGAUAACGGCCAGUAGUUGGUUUUGAUCAACAUUGUAAAAAACAGUAGAGAGGCUAUGAGAGUGAGUUGCAACAGCAGCAGAAAGGUUACUAGAGGAGUUAUGGUUCUGUUCGAUAAUCAAUAGUGAUUGUCUCC